AAUCACAGGGAGUUUUUUUUUUUUUUUUUUUUUUUUUUUUUGAUGUUUCCUCCCUGAUAGUAGGCUGGAUAGAGAGCACACCUCCCCUCCUUCACCAUCAUCAUCGUAGUAAAAACAGACUCCGCGCAGCUCGCCGCCAUGAAGACGCACAGAGUGGCACAUCUCCAACACGCAGUGUGCCUCUCCUGUCCUGGCUGCUAGAUUUGCUGUCGUCUGUGAAAACCUCGGUUGGUGCUUCACACACAGAGACGUGAAGGAGAAGCGCUGCUCGCUCAGACCUGCGGGGUGUCCAAACAUCAAAAAGACGAACACAAUCCUGCUUUUUUUUUUUUUUUUUUUUACGCAUUUAGGCGUUUUUCUCUGCGUUUAAUCUUCGAGGAGUGCGUUUUCUCUUUUGAAACACGCGUCUUAUCCAGGCUCCAUCUCUCUCUUUUGAGUACUUGGAGAGCCUGCAGAGGCGAGCAUGACAGCAUGACAAUGGUGCAAGGCUGCUUGACAGCAGGAUGAUGCGUUUUGGGUUUUUCCUCAUUGCGUUUUGACUUUUGAGGAAUGGGCUCUUCGCCGGAGCAGUUACCGAGAACUCCUGCGGUUUAUUUUGCGUAUUUGAACAGAUUCCUACUUCUCCGUGUGUGUGUUAUGUUCAGCAUCUGGUGCCUCGUCCAGUCCGCUCUUUUCUCACCUUUCUCCUCCCAUCAGCCGCAGCGCGUCUCUAAUUGGAGCGACUCCGAGCAUCUUAAUUAAUGGCGAUCUUCCACAUCGGACACUGACCCUCAGUUCCAGCGUUUCUCGACUCGCUGCAGGCGGAAAACACGACGCUUCUUUCCGUUGUUGGACCUAAUUGGACUUAUUCGCUUCACCUGCAGUCGUCUAAGCUAUUUUCUAGUGACUAUGCCGGUGAACGCGCUGCCCCGCGGCGGCAGCAGUGGCUUCGGCGGCCCGGGAUCCCUGAGCCCGGCGUCGCUGUCCCGGAGCCUGUCACGGCUGAGGGAGUUCCGGACCCGGACGAGGAUCAUGCUGGCUCUGGGGGUCUCUCAGAUGGUCCUGGGGAGCCUCAUCCUGGCGGUCAGCUUCGCGGCUCUGGCCCUCACCACAUCACCCAGAGUCCGGCACUCCUGCCCCUUCUGGGCAGGUUUCUCUGUUCUGCUCUCUGGACUCAUUGGGGUGGUGUCAUGGAAGAGGCCGCUUUCUCUUGUGAUCACAUUCUUCAUGCUGCUGUCUGCAGUGUGUGUGAUGCUCAACCUGGCCGGCUCCAUCCUCUCCUGCCAGAACGCUCAGCUCGUCAACUCUCUGGAAGACUGUCAGCUGUGUGGAUGUGUGUUCUCCCCUCCUCCCCCCCAGCUCAAGUUUGACAGCGAUGGAGUGUGUGUUUGCUGCGAGCUACAGAAGCAGAGUUCGAGCUGCAACAACCUGGGAGAGACGCUGAAGCUGAAUCCACUGAGGGACUGCAACACCAUACGCCUCCGUCUCAAGGAGCUGCUGUUCAGCGUAUGUGCCCUUAACGUCAUCUCCACCAUUGUGUGCGCUCUCGCCACUGCAAUGUGCUGUAUGCAGAUGGUCUCGACUGAUGUGCUGCAGAUGUUUAUGCCGCACAGAGCUCGAGCCCUAAAUGCUGACUGUAUGACCCCCCAUGGAACCAUCCUGCACCAAACGCUGGACUUUGAUGAGUUUAUUCCUCCCAUCCCCCCUCCACCAUACUACCCCCCAGAGUACACCUGCACCCCCUCCAUGGAUGGACAGAGAGGCCUCCAUCUGGAUUUCCCUCAUUCUCCCUUCAGUGCCAUCUAUGGGGUUCCCAUCAACAGCCCAGGGACCCUCUACCCGACUGACCUGCCGCCUCCAUAUGAGUCUGUGGUGGGUCAAACCCCUGCAAGCCAGGUCACCACCAGUAUCGAGCAACAGGCCACUGAGUCCAGUCUAUGUGAGAGAAAUACCACGGCAGGACUCAGCACUCAGGCCUCAGUGGACAGUGCAUCCCUGAUGGUGUCAGAGGUGGCCGAUCAGGACCAGACUUGCUCCUCGGAGGACUUGUGCUCCCUGGAGGUCCAGGGUUCAGACUCGUCUCCCUACGGCACCCUCCACAUCGCCCCCACCGAUGGAAGCUGCACCAGCCUGGAACUCUGCACACGUGGUUCCUCGCGGUGCCAUCGUGGCUUGCCUAACACCGACGCUCGUCCUAGUGAUACCGGAUACAGCGAGUCGUCGCACACCCAGGAGUCCCUGGAACGCUCGCCGGACUGGUCCUCAGGAAACUUUAGCAAUCCGGACCAGGAGGAUUCCACAGAGAACACACAUCCGUGUGAGGAACUCAGGGCCUCAAUGCAUAUAUGUGACGAGUUGGCCUCAGCCAAAUAUUUACCAGAGGAGCCACCUAAAGCAUCAACACACUCCCUCAUUAAAGCACGAAUGAUGAGCCGGAAGCUCACUCUCCCCGUCACCAUCCCCCCACCACCUCAGCCUUGCUCCCCCACCUCUGUGGCUUCCUCUGGUGGAACUUCAGCUAUUAGCCCUUUGGCUCCUUCUCCUUCCCCUUCACCUCCCACCAGGCCUCGAGGCCCCAGGCUGUGUUUCAGUGUUUGGUCACCCUCCUCUGCAUCACAGCCCCCCUCUACCUCAGCCCAAAGCGGCCACUCACCCUCAGACAGGCCUCGGGGGCUCCGAGCAGCCAGGAGGUACCGCAAACUGGCUCGCAUCGUCCGGUCCACCAGUGACCCAAUCUCCUGUUCCACCACGACAGGAAGAGAAAAUAGUGGCUGCACCUCUGGAAAUACUGCUGAAGAUUCCGCUUAUACAUCACCAGACCAGGAGCCAAGAGACAUUUCAACAGAGAUAGCUGGAGCCAAACCCAGUCAAAUAAGCGUCAGGAAGCAGCAGAAGGAGGGCAGGAAAGUUGACAUCCACCUUAAACCCCGAUCUCUCCACACCCACUCCUCCCACGAGCGCCCACACUCCCUGGCUGACCUUAAGAUGUACAAAGACACCAAAAUAUUAGUGGCUAAGUUCCUGGAGCACUCCAGCUGCAGUCUACCUCCUGAAGUCCAGCAGGUUGUCAACAACAUCAAGUGCGUCAUCAAGUCGGAUGAGAAACAUAUGGAAGAGGCCAUCUUUAGUGCCAAUGUCAUCGAUCAGGUAAGUGGAUUGGACAGUGAACAAAUAACCUAUGACAACAGCGAUUUAGAAAACUAUAGACCUUCCUCUGGUUUUGAUGAUUAUUGGUGAGCAAUGAUCAAAUUGGACUAAGUAUGUUAGAGGCCCUGAGAGACUACAAUGCCCUUUACAUACCAGAAAAUAAACUUAGAGAAAUGAAAAAUGGGGAGU